GAACAUGCUCUAAUUCUUUGUUUUAUUCAUCCAGUGCGCAUGUUUGUCUUUAGCCUCUUUGGUGCAGCCAUCACACACCAGCCCUCCACCAAAAAGCUGCACUAUCUCAAACAUUUACUUGACGACCCUCUGGUGAUUUGUCCACACAGCUCCUCUCCUCUCCUCUCAGCUCCACACGCUGCAUCAGCUGAUCCGUCACGUGAUCCGGUGUCGUGGGUCACCCCUUUUGCAAAAUGGAGUUGUCUGAGUCUGUGCAGAGAGGGCUACAGUCCCUAGCCGACCCGUCCUCUUUCGACCAGAGCAGCUUCCAGGUGUUGGUGGACGUGUCUUUCCGGAGCCUGCUCUCCUCCAAAGGCGACCCGGCAGUCCUCGAUCAGCCCGAGCUGAAGCAGAUCGACCAGAUCCUGCUCAAACAGUGUCACACUGCCGCGACCACCUUCAUCCUUGAGGCGGUCAAACAGAACGCAGACAAGUCGACGAUAAGCUCCUGCCUGGAAGAGCUCACAUUCAGUGCAGAGAGAAUAGAAAUAUUCUAUAGCACACACCAGAAACAUAAAAAAGAACUGGAAUGUCUGUUAGCGAGCAUAGGAAGACGUCCAGCUCAGAUUAACGACGUGUCCUGGCGUCUCCAAUACCACAUGAAGAACGCUCAGGUCGAUAAGGUCAACGAGCCUUUCUACUCGAUUUCACUGAAAAGUGAGAAUGAAGGAUCCUCGGAAGAUAUCAACUUCACCUGCACAAUGGAACAGCUACAGGAUUUGGUGGGAAAGCUCAAAGACGCUGCCAAGAGUGUGGAGAAAGCCAGUCAGAUGUGAUGCCGGUGUCCUGUUUCCUCACCACAAAGCACUGAACUUCAGCAGCUUCCAGCGGCAUUGCUCGUCUCUUUUAUAGCUCCUUUUUGUACCUGACAUUGACGUGACGUGUGUGACUGUGACAUAUUAUCAUCCCAACUUAUGUUUCAAUAAAACAACAAAAAAAACAAAUAAAAAC